UUCUUAUCUCUUUUUUCUUCUCCACUGCCAUCUCCUUUCCGUUCUUCCGUUCCUCACCUCCGCCAGUCCCCGUCCGACACUGCACCAUCUGGCCGAGUACAGACUGAUUUAACUAUCGUAUUGACACGGCAGAGAGGGGGGAGGGCACUGCUACCAUUCGUUACCAACAGGCAAUAGGUAGGAGAGAGCCUUCUCUUUCUCCAUGUUCCAUCCCCCGAUCCAAUCUCCUCACCUCGUGUUCCGCUUCUGCCGAUCGAUCGCCAACUUCUCUUUCGUAUUACCCUGCCUCUCCGAUCCUUGCCGAUUCCUUUUGUUCGGCCUUGCCUCCCAACGCCCCAAUUUGUGCUCUUUUCUUCCCUUCUGUCCUCCUCCUCUCGAAUCCUUCUCCGAGCACGAAUAGUAUUUGGGCGUGCAUUCUGAUUCGAACGUAUGACCUCCCGUCCAUCAAUUCGUUAGAUGGGCAUCCCAUCUUACGAUUAAAAUUGGGGUUAUGCAUCUGAUUCCGACAUACUUCCGUUCGUUCAUCAUUUAGUAUUUGUUAGUUAAACUCUCUUCUUCUCCGCCCAAUCUCCUCUCCAUCCACCUCCUCCCCCUCCCCGAAUUGAGUUAGGGGAUGCGGUCCACCACCCCUCCCCGGAUCGACCUUAUCUACUGAUUCCCCAAACUAGUGGCGGCAGAUGUCCGGCGCGGCCAAGGCGGUGGAGCACCGAAUUGGCUUCCCCACAAAGAUGGAGGCGACAGCGCCAGCGGCCGAUGGAGAGCAGCAGCGGCGCCCGGGCGGUUGUAAUCCUGUGAAGAAGCCGGGGCCAGUGUCCAUGGACCACGUUCUCCUGGCUCUGCGCGAGACCAAGGAGGAGAGAGAAGUCCGGAUCCGGAGCCUUUUCAACUUUUUCGAUGCGGCUGGCGUCGGCCAACUCGACUACGCUCAGAUCGAGGCCGGCCUCUCCGCCCUUCGUAUCCCUACCGAGUACAAGUACGCCAGGGAUCUCCUUAAGGUGUGCGAUGCCAACCGGGACGGCCGUGUCGACUACCAGGAGUUCCGGCGCUACAUGGACGACAAGGAGCUUGAGCUCUACCGCAUCUUCCAGGCCAUUGACGUCGAGCAUAACGGUUGCAUCUUGCCGGAGGAGCUCUGGGAUGCACUUAUCAAGGCAGGAAUUGAGAUUGAUGAUGAGGAACUUGCCCGUUUUGUGGAGCAUGUGGAUAAGGAUAAUAAUGGGAUUAUAACUUUUGAGGAAUGGAGAGAUUUUCUGCUGCUCUACCCACAUGAAGCAACAAUUGAGAACAUCUAUCAGUACUGGGAAAGGGUUUGUCUUGUGGAUAUUGGUGAACAAGCCGCUAUCCCAGAAGGGAUAAGUAAACAUGUAAAUGCAAGCCAAUACUUGAUUGCAGGAGGGGUAGCUGGGGCAGCUUCUCGUACGGCUACUGCUCCUCUUGAUCGUCUUAAGGUAGUUUUGCAAGUACAGACAACACAAGCACGUAUUGUGCCUGCAAUAAAAGACAUAUGGAGAGAGGGGCAUUUCCUGGGUUUUUUCAGAGGGAAUGGUUUAAAUGUGAUGAAGGUUGCACCUGAAAGUGCAAUUAAAUUUUAUACAUUUGAAAUGCUAAAAGAUUUCAUUGUCAAAACCAAAGGUGAAGAGAAGAGUGAUAUUGGUGCUUCUGGGCGUCUGACCGCUGGUGGUUUAGCAGGUGCGGUGGCACAAACUGCUAUUUAUCCACUAGAUCUUGUGAAAACACGGCUGCAGACUUAUGCCUGUGAAGGUGGUAAAGUUCCCAAUCUUACUACUUUGACAAAAGACAUAUGGGUUCAUGAAGGGCCUCGAGCUUUCUACAGAGGGCUUGUCCCAUCGCUUCUUGGGAUUAUUCCAUAUGCUGGUAUAGAUCUUACUGCAUAUGAGACAUUGAAAGAUAUGUCUAGAACGUACAUUCUGAAGGAUAGUGAGCCUGGUCCGCUUGUGCAACUUGGUUGUGGAACUAUCUCAGGGGCUCUUGGAGCAACAUGUGUUUACCCUUUGCAGGUUAUCAGAACAAGAAUGCAAGCCCACACCAAUUCAUCUACCGCUUAUAAUGGAAUGUCUGAUGUGUUCUGGAAAACUCUUCGAAAUGAAGGAUUUUCAGGAUUCUACAAAGGGAUUUUUCCGAAUCUGCUCAAAGUAGUACCAUCUGCUAGUAUUACUUAUCUAGUUUAUGAGACUAUGAAAAAGAGUCUAACUCUUGAUUAGGCAAUUGUUUAGUUUUGCUUAAUUUCCGUGAUCAUUGACAUGACUGACUAUAAAGUUUAUGAUGAUGAUGAAGAGGAGAAGAUUACAGAUUGAGUAGGUCAAAUAAUUGUUUCAACUGUGUCAUGGUAUUUUUUCCUUCACAUGGUGAAGAUUGUCUGAACAACUCUUUUUAAAAUGCUUUUUGGAGUUAAUAAGAAUGAGCUUCAUGAGCUAGCCUGUUCA